AUGGAAAACGAGCCAGCAAACCGAUCAAUGGACCAAAACCAUCAUCCAACAAUACCAGCUGCUGACGAACCGCCGUCGCACUCGGACAUGUGGAUGACCACCCUGGUACUCGCCCAGGAUAUGGCCGAGGUCUUGAAGGAUGGGGUCGAAGAAGAAGUCGGGAUGAUGUAUGAAGCGCUCGACCAGACUUUCAAGUGGAAUGAACGGCGCAGAGAACGCGUCGAGAACGCUCACAACGAACUCAUCCGUGUUAAUAGACAGGUUGAGGCCAAAAAAGAUGCUCUCGAAAAGAUGAAAGCCAACUCGACUGCAAGAGAAAACCAAGCAGAAAUUUAUUCCCUUGAACAAUCCGCAUACGAGGAAGCGAGAAAGAUCAAGGAACUAGAUGUCAGCAUAGGUGCUAUUAAAGCUCGAACCACAAAGCUCCAAAAUGAUCUUGGAGAAUUGGAACAAGCUGAACCCACUCGGUCGCCCGAUUUCGUUAUUGGAUCUUCUGUACUCAAGACAAAACUCUAUCAUGAUCUAGGAUUUGUACAAGUUCGGUCGGCUCUCCAAGAUGCCAACCACCCCGAACCAGAAAAAAUGUUUAUCCGCUGUGACUCUAACUGUACGGCUUCGAGGGUCGUUCGAAAGCCCAAGACGAAUCGGGACGGAUUCACUUUGGCAAAUGAGAUUUGGGAUGCAAUUUCAUGA